CAUCCCUUGAGUAACCUAGCUACCUCAGUGCCAACACCCGACCGUUUAUCUCGUCCGUGUCGUCAUCGCAGGAGCGUCCAAGCUCUGAUCUGCCAUUGCUCGUCUGCCGCGAUCCGAACGAGGUGUUCUUUGAACCAUCCAUUCUCCAUUCAUCGACUCAUUGCCUAUUUCAGCUUUUACACUUCAUUCCAUGAGAGAAAAAGUGCCGAAUCCAGCACCAUCUUUUCGACAUGUCGUCUUCCGACUUCGAAACCGAGCGGUCCCCUCUGCUCGCGGCGUCGACAAGCAGUAGGGACACCAAGACGCUGGCCGACUUAACCGACGGAGCACUCGAAUCUACGCCUCUACUUUCGACGUCCAAUACAACGCCACGCUAUAACGGAGAACGCGAUGAUCCAGACAGAGCUUCUUUGGCCUCCGCUGGGGCUUCUCAUUCUGGAGAUGGAGUACCAAAGUCGACGCGAUGGCCCUCCAUUAUCGCCGCGCUAUUGUUGAUGGUGCUCGCGACCUCCAUCGCUAUUGGCGCUUUUUUUGUUCCAGCUGCGGUUGAGGAAUAUGCCAAGGAGGCUAUCGUCAUCGAGCCGACAAACUUGGCGCUCGAAUCUAUCACUACCGACGGUGUCCGCGCGCGCAUCCAAGCAAACUUCCGGCUUGAUGCUCAGCGUGUCAAGAAUGUCCAUGUUAGACGGGUCGGCCAGUUCACCACGUGGCUGGCCAAAGAGCUGGCGACAGAGGAGACGAGGGUCCAGGUCUACUGGAUCGAUCACGACAACAUGUUGCUCGGAACUGCUGGCCUCCCUCCUUUGACCAUUACCAUCGCGAAUGGCCACAAUACUGAGCUUGACAUCGUUGCCGAUCUGGCUCCUGGUGAUGCCGAUACCAUUCGUAUCAUUGCGAACCAGUUCUUGAGCGGAAAGAUGGAUACAAUUCGUGUACGGGGAACGACGGAUAUCACGGUCAAGACAAGAUUCAACAUUCCCCUGGGAACACACGCUGUUUCGGAAACAAUGGAGUUUGAAGGCAAGGAAUUGCCCCCGCUCCCCUCCUACAACAUUACCGGUCUUAAUUUUGAAGAGAGACCCUUACCCGGCGGUGAUAAGCAAGGAAUGGCAGCCGACGUUACCGUCACCACCUUUAACCCGUAUCCAGUUGCUUUUGACGUACCCGCGCUCAAGUUCGAGAUCCUGAUUCCGGGAUGCAAGAAGCAUGGCCCGGCCGUUUCUGUCGCUACCGCCGUAACCGAUGUUAUUGCCCUUAGGCCGGAAGCCGAUGUCGAAGUCACCGCCCAUUCCAUUGUCGAGGAAUUGCCAGAACCCCUUAUCCGUCCUUGCCCUGGUGGAACCAUGUCGCCGUUGGACAAGCUCUUUGAAGCCUACCUUGCGGGUCAGCCUGCAUCCGUUCUUGUGCGAGGUCAGAAAGAUCAAGGUGGAGAGGCCCCCGGCUGGAUAGGAGAUAUUAUCUCCAGUGUUACGGUCCCCGUACCUCUUCCGCAGCGAUCCUUUGACGACUUGAUUCGUAACUUCUCUUUGACGGACGUAUCAUUCUCCUUGCCAGACCCGCUGGCAGAUCCCGAUGACCCCGAUUCGAACCCCAAAGUAUCGGGCACUAUCGUUGCCUUGGCAGCCCUCCCAUCUGAACUGAAUAUUGGCUUGAACGUCUCCAGUGUACAAGCCAAGGCGGAUGUGUUUUAUGACUCUAGGAAGCUUGGCGAACUGGAAAUUGAUGAGAAAGCCAGCUCCAUUCAAAUCGAAGGCGGUCCUGGCGAAGAGAACUUGAUUGAGAUCACAUCACGCGUCCACGAUACACCGCUCAAGGUUACCGACGACGAUGUUUUAACCGACGUUAUUCAGGCCCUCCUAUUUGGUGACGUCAAUGUCAUUCUCGACAUUAGCGCUCUUGUCGACGUUGGCGUACAUACAAUUCUUGGACAAUUUGUGGUGAAGGGUGUCCCCGCGGAGGGCAGAAUUCCGCUCAAACCCCUUGGAAACGAUCUUCUCGGCUCUAUGCAGCCUCAAGUUGGGAACCUGGAAGUUGUCGAUACUAGUCCUGUCUCGAUAUCUCUCCAGGCCUCAGUCAACGUAACUAACCCUACGCCAUACUCGGCCUACAUUCCUUGGAUUAGCAUCUACAUCCUGAACAACGGAACUGUUCUCGGCGAGGCGCGCGCAAAGAAAUUGACCAUCAACCGUGGAAACAACACAAACUUGAAAGUGACGGCAAUAUGGAGGCCUUCUGUGGCCGGAGAAGAUGGGGUGCAAAUAGGCCGGGAUCUGAUUUCGCAGUACAUAUCCGGCUACAACACAACCGUGACGCUUAGGACACAUCCGGGCACUAUCCCAUCAAAGCCGGAGCUGGGUAAAGCCCUGUCAAAAUUCAACUUCACUCUCCCAAUGCCUAGGCUUAGCGUGCCUGGCGACAAUGACGGUGGACGACACGAUGGUGACGGCAGCACCAAUGACACGGCUCCUCACUUUAUUCGGGGCGCGACCUUUCACAUAUUUUCCUCGACGGCAACUUUUACAUUAGCUUCGCCCUUCUCACGAAAUACGAUAUAUAUCGAACACAUCAAUGCUACGGCCUUGUACAAUCACACGGAGGAAAUUGGACGGAUCAAGUACGAUUCGCCGUUUGGCUGCCCUCCAGGGGUGUCCACCACGCCUAGGUUGCCGGUGGACUGGUCUCUGGACUCGGUUGGACGUGAUAAGGUGAAGGAGGCAUUUGGUGGUAGGCUGAAGCUUGAUGCCAAAGCUACUGUCGCAGUGAGAAUUGGGUCCUGGACAGAGACGCUGUGGUAUAUCGGAAGGGGAAUAGGGGCGAGCGUCCGACUGUGAGCAAAUGAUACGUGAGGUUUGGUUAUGAUUUGGAUUCAGGGCAGUUUGCUUGCUUGGUCUUCAUGUUUUGGGUUGGAAUCUUGCUUAAGGGCUGUUCAUUCGGUCUCCUGUCUCUUUUCUAUCUGCCAUUGAAUACUUGAGUUUGUCUACUGGGUUAUGUAUAGGAGUUACCGGCGUUGUUUGGGGGUAACAAAGUUGCUAGCACGAUGGGCAAGGGAGCAGUAGGAGCACAUAGAGCGGUGGGCUGCUAGAAAGUACUAUACAUUGUCACUAUAAAUACAUGACCAAGAUAAAGGGCGGAUUGGAUCAAACACUUCCGUCUUAUUCGUUUUCCUAGAAAGCUUGGUUGCCAAGGCAACUGGACCUUGAAGCUGGGAAAGGGGCUGGCCUUUGGGGUUGUUUGUUGGAGAACGACACAAUCCUG